AUGGACGAGAGAAUAUACACACUAGACAGACACGGCGACAUCACCUUUGUCGUCUACGAUGUCCCAGACUCCCUCCCGCAAACCCUAGACCAACUACAACCCUUCCUGCUGGACGGUUCAACACCAAUAAUCACCUCACCUGCAGCAGCAGCAGAAGAAGAAACCACCCAAAACGAACAACCCCAAGCAGUCCUCAAAAUCCGCGCCUCCUCCAAGCACCUCACCCUCGCCUGCCCCCAGUUCACCCGCACCCUACACAGCGGCUUCCAGGAAUCCCACUCCCUCCAUGAAAAAGGCCACCUGACCCUCGAAAUCGACAACUGGGAUCCCGCCGCCUUUCUCGUGCUUAUGCUCAUCAUCCACGGGCGCACACGUCCCGUUCCCAGGAGACUAACUCUCAGCAAACUCGUUGACUUCGCCGUCCUGGUCGAUUACUACGAGUGCUAUGAGGCAGUCGAGGUCUUCACUGAUAUGUGGAUUACGGCGCUGAAGAAGCCCUCUACGGCGACGUCGCUGACCUCGCUUACCCAGGCGGAGGAAUGGCUGUUUAUCUCCUGGGUGUUUCAGCAUCGGCAGAUGUUUGCGCAGGCGGGCGGGUAUCUGCUGGGGAAAUUGACCGGCAGAUUCUGUUCCGAGUUGCCCGUUCCGAGGCGAGUGUGCGAUGCGAUUGAUCGCGCGCGGGAGGAUGCUAUAACCAGGAUUCUUGACAGACUGCAUGGCCGGUUCGCUGUGUUGCUCUCGGACAAGGUGCAGUGCUCGUAUGAGUGUGACGGUAUGCUUCUAGCAGCUCUCACGAGGCACAUGCAUCGACUUGGGAUCCUCGAGAGGCCGGCGCCGCCGUUUGAGGGGAUUGCGGCCGAGCAGCUGGCGAAGGAGGCGCCGGGGGCUCUGCUGCCGCGGUGGUAUGAGCGUGGCGGCGAGAUGCAGCAUUCCUGUCUCGCGACGCUGAAUUUCAACUCCUCGCUGAGAUGUUCGGGGGAUGUGGUGAAGGUUGUGAAGUUGGAGGAGUUGACUGAGCUGAGGAGGAAGGACUGUUGA